CAUUUAUGCCGUGUAACUUUUCCAAGGUCUUCCGUUUCACGUACCACUCGCCAGACACACGCUCCAUUCAUCCGUGCGCUUGUGUUCACCGGUGUUAUACUACGCAGCUGGUAUUGUGUGGGAGAAGAGGGCCACGAGCAUGUCAGGCUCAACUUCCCCGCCUCCCACAGUGGAGGCUGUGGGCACUGAGGGAUGUUUUCCCCCUGGAUACAAACCUUUCAAACCCGAGGAGCACGGACUGGAGCGCGGGUUCCGUCUCACAAGCUUUUCGGAACUGAAGGGAUGAGGCUGCAAAGUCCCGCAGGAGGCUCUGCUCAAACUCCUGGCGGGACUGGAGCCGGACCGGGCCGACGGGACCGGGAAGGCCGGAGACCAAGCUUCGGAGUUCGGCCAACAGCUACCUGGCCCGCGACUAGGUAUAGGGAUGGACUCAGCUGUCAUUCCUCUGAGACAUGGAGGACUGUCACUUGUGCAGACCACAGAUUUUUUUUACCCUCUGGUGGAAGAUCCAUACAUGAUGGGCAGGAUAGCAUGUGCUAAUGUCCUCAGUGACCUCUACGCCAUGGGCAUCACAGAGUGUGACAACAUGCUGAUGCUGCUGAGCGUCAGCCAGAAAAUGAAUGAAAAGGACCGUGAGCGGGUGAUGCCGCUGAUGAUUCGAGGCUUUCGUGAUGCAGCAGAAGAGGGAGGAACUUCAGUGACAGGUGGACAGACUGUGAUCAAUCCCUGGAUCAUUGUUGGAGGAGUAGCAUCGGUCGUCUGCCAGCCUAAUGAGUUCAUUAUGCCUGAUGGGGCUGUACCAGGUGACGUUUUGGUGCUGACUAAACCUUUGGGCACUCGGGUGGCUGUAAACGCUUAUCUGUGGAUUGAUCAGCCUGAAAAGUGGAACAAGAUCAAGCUGGUCGUCACCAAAGAGGAAGUUAUAGAGGCCUAUCAGGAAGCUAUGUUUUCCAUGGCAACCCUUAACCGCACAGCGGCAGGUCUAAUGCACAAGUACCAGGCCCACGCUGCCACAGACGUGACUGGUUUCGGCUUGUUGGGUCACGCCAACAACCUGGCAAGACAGCAGCAAAACGAGGUGGCCUUCGUUAUCCAUAACCUUCCAAUCAUAGCCAAGAUGGCUGCCAUCAGUAAAGCCUGCGGAAACCUGUUUAACCUGCUUCAGGGCACUUCAGCUGAGACUUCCGGUGGGCUGCUGGUGUGUCUGCCCAGAGAGCAGGCAGCCAAGUUCUGUUCAGAGAUGAAAAACCUCAGCUCUGGAGCAGGGGGUCAGGGGGCGGUGGGCGGGGCAUGGAUUAUUGGUAUCGUGGAGAAAGGCGACCGCCAUGCUCGCAUCAUUGACAAACCCCGCAUUAUUGAGGUUCCACCCCGAGGAAGCCAGGCAGCAAAUCAGGAAAACAGCUCCACCAGCCCUGACCCAAGCCCCAAUGUGUCAUAGACACUGUCACCCUCUGAUACUGUUCUGGUGUGUGUGUGCGAGAGAGAAUGAGUGUGUCUAUGUGUGUAUUAAUUGUUGUUCAUCCCAUCUACCUUUUCUGUCAAAAAGUUGACAGUGCACAGAAGAAACCCAGUGUCAUGUGAUCCACUGAGAGAGGAAAUGGACCACAGGCAGCAUCCAUCUCCAGCUUUAGAAGAAGCUGCGAAAACAUGGUGUACUUCUCAUGUUUCAUGUUGUAACUUCAGGGCACAAUGCUGUACUGCCUCUCUCACCAUUAUUUUUCCCUGUUGCCUUUCAUAUAGAAAACUUGUUUUAUAUGAUUUAUCAAAAUCAUAAACAGCUUCUGGAAAAUUAGUUUCAGUCCUAUAAAAAGGAUAAAUACUGAAUCAUACUUGCCCAAAGUAGCGAAUAAUGAGAUGUGUGUGUGUGUGUGUGUGUGUGUGUGUGUGUGUGUGUGUGUGUGUGUGUGUGUGUGUGUGUGUGUGUGUGUGUGUGUGUGUGUGUGUGUGUGUGUGUGUGUGUGUGUGUGUGUGUGUGUGUGUGUGUGUGUGUGUGUGUGUGUGUGUGUGUGUGUGUGUGUGUGUGUGUUAUGGUUGGAUUCGGGUGAUUUAUUUUAGGAUGGAUGGCUAACAUUAAAUGUGUUAAUUUGGUGACGGUUUAAUGUGGAAAAGAAAUGAUGUGUCACUCCUGGAACCUGGCACUGCCCACACCAUCCAGAGGAAGGUUUGAGCAGCUUCCUUUGGGACCCGUUGGGCUGUGCUCAGAUUGUCCACCUGGAUUGACAGUCGACUGACCGCCCAAGCACAAAGUCCGCCCUUCCUUGUUAAUGAAGCUCUGUCUUUCAAAACCCAACCAGCAGGGCCGGGCAGAGUGGAUGUUUGUCUCUGGAUCAGGGAUUGGACUUUCAGUGCUGGAGGUCUAGUGCUGUCUGUGUUUGUAGAUCUUUUGCUCUUCACAAUCAAAUAAACCCAUCAUCAAUUUAGA